AUGUGUGUGCCCGAGAUUUAUUGGGACGACUGCAUACAAAUGAAGGUGGACUCGUCGAAGAAGGGCAUACCGAUAUCCUGUAUCUCGGGUCGCGACCGAUACGAGUGCAUCGACAAAGUCGGUCGCAAAGAGGCCGACGUUGUGGCCGUCGACCCCGAGGACAUGUACCUUGCAGCCAAGCACGAGCUCGCCUCCAGGGCUCAGUACAAUAUCGUUGAGCAGAUAAGGACUAAAGAAGAGGCAGAUUCACAGUAUCGUUACGAAGCAGUCGCAGUGAUCCACAAGAACUUAAAAGUCGACGAGCCGCAACAGUUGAAGGGCUUGAGGUCUUGUCACACCGGAAUAGGUCGUAACGUUGGCUACAAGAUCCCUUUGACAAAGCUGUCCGCAAUGGGGCUGCUGACGGAUCUCAAUAGUCCAGAAUACUCAUCUCGAGAAAAUGAGUUGCGCGCGCUCAGCUUCUUUUUCAAGAAGGCCUGCAUCGUCGGCACUUGGUCGCCUGAUCCCAAGAUCAAUCAGAGACUCAAGGAGACCUACAGCAAUCUGUGUGCUCUGUGCGAGAAACCGGAGGUUUGCGACUACCCGGACAACUUCAGCGGCUACGAGGGCGCGCUGCGCUGUCUCGCUCAGAACGUCGGCGACGUCGCUUGGACCAAAGUCAUCUACGUGCGUCGCUUCUUCGGGCUGAGCACGCACGAGAGCAACGACGCCGCUACCCCGGCGACCACGACCACGGCCAACCCAUUGAAGGUCAAGGCGAGCGACUACCGCUAUUUCUGCCCCGAUGGCACUAAAGUUCCAAUUGACGAGAAGACCCAGCCGUGCACUUGGGCGGCGAGACCCUGGCAGGGCUAUAUGAGCAAUGGCGGCGUUGCUGACAUCGACGCCGUACAGAGGGAGCUCACGCAGCUGGGUAAAUUGGGAGAGGAGAAGAAAGCAGGCUGGUGGAAGAAUUUGUUGCUGUUGAGCGAGGAAACGCUCUCGGUCGCCACCUCCCCGAUCGAUCCGGAUCAGCACCUGAAAGUCGCCAAGUAUUUGGACGUGAUCGAGAGGAAUUUCGGAGCGCCGGAAAGAAAUGCGCGUUGGUGCGUUUACAACAAGAAGGCAGUAGAAAAGUGUCGGGCAUUCUCUAAGGCUGCAUUUUCGAGAGACGCGAGGCCGAGGUUCGACUGUAUCUUAGAAAAAGACGAAGACGCGUGUCUAAAAGCUUUGCAAGACGACGGCGCGGAUCUGCUGAUCAUGAGUGGCGAGAAGGUCGAGGAAGCCAUGAAAAAUUACAAUGUCAAACCUAUUGUCGCCGAGUCGUACGGUCUCGGUGAGACUGAAUACAGCGAAAGACCUGCUGUCGCGAUCACCAAACGUGGCAGCUACAUCAAGUCCCUACGCCACUUGAAGGGCAAGAAUUCGUGCCAUAGCGGGUAUAAGGAAGACUUCGCAGGCUGGAUAGCUCCAGUGCACGCGAUGCGCAACGUCCGUUUGAUCAGCGCUCCGGAGGACAUGGCCGAGUUCUUCGUCAAGUCGUGUGUGCCUGGGGCUGAGCGCGACUCCUCGCUGUGCAGUCUUUGCAUCGGCAACCUCGCCUCUAAAGACGAAAAUCUUGCUGAGAUGACUAGGUGCAGUUCUACUGAAGCUGAAGAUUACAAGGGCGGACGUGGCGCUUUAAAAUGCUUACUGGACGGCAAAGGUCACGUAGCUUUCAUCCCUCUGACAGCUUUCAGACAAGAAAACACAACAAAAAUCACGGACUUCAAUCUGGUUUGUCCGAACGGUGGCAUCGCGCGCAUUGACGACUGGCAGCGAUGCAACUUUGGUCUCGAGCCGCCUCGAGUGAUCGUCAGUUUUGCCGGCAAGUCGCCCAAUGCCCUGGAGGAGCUGACCCACGGAGUUCUGGCGGCGAGCAGCCUCUUCUCGGAGCAUCCCGAUCUCCUGCGAUUAUUCGGCAGCUGGGCUGGGCAGUCUAAUGUAUUGUUCAAGGACGAGACGCUUACAUUGAAAUCCAUCGACAACUCGUGGAAUCGCUGGAAACAAUGGGCGGCAUUGCAACGAGAAUAUGAAUACUGA